CACGUUCCCUGUACACUUCUAGGUCUUGGACUGGUCCCUCGUUCCUCUUUGCCACCACUACCACGACGAUACCGAUUCCUACGACGAACCUCUCGAUGUUCUCUGCUCUGAAAGCCUGGCGCUGCGCCAGCAAGCCUGUCCAGACCGCGCUGAGCCGGACGGUGCUCAGGCCAGCUGCCACGUUCAGCACGACCGCGCCUUGUUUCGAGGAACUAGAAAAGGCUCCCAGGUCGAGGCUUUCUCCAGCGGAAAGAGCUGCACUCCCACCGCGCAGACCGAAAUCACCCUACUUGCGCUUCUUCCUUGAGUGGAUCAACAAGAACCCCAGUGAGACUAGGAGUUUCACGGAGAAUGCGGUGGAAGCCUCUGCUGCGUGGCGGAAUUUGACGUUGGGAGAGAAAGCUAAUUAUGCGGUGCCUGCUGCCGAGAAAGAAGAGUAUCAACGGAAGAUGGAGGAGUGGAGGAAACAGGCUGACCCCAAAAUCGUCAAGUCUAUCAACGAGGUUCGCGUGAACCAAGGCAAACCACGCCUGAGGCCCAAGGUGGGGACGCGGUCACCCGGCGCGUUCGCGUUGUUCGUGAAGGACUGGUUCGCAAAGCAUGCGGCAUCGGACAUGAGCCCUGAAGAGAGACAGAAGUAUAGCGGCUCGCAACGAAUCGCCCUCGCCGCGGAGACUUGGAAGGCGCUAUCUGAGGAGGAGAAGAAGCCUUAUCAAGACGCCGCGCAGAAGGCCAGGGAAGAACUGCUUCAGCGCCAAGGAUCCACAACAUCGUAG